AUGGACGAUCGCAUCUCGCUUGGUGUUGACACCAAUUGCGUGCCCGAUAUAGAGGAGACGCUCCAAUUUUCGCGUUCCUCUGGGAGGCCCUUCGACGCCCUCGUGAUCAAGCGCGAUGAGCCGCUCACGCGCUCUGACACCCUGCUCGGCUCGAACGACUGGACGACCAGCGUCAUCGGAAAGAUUUCGCCCUGGCUCGAUUGUGAUUCUGAGAGUGCUGCGAUCAGGACCCGCUCCGAGAAGGCCUUCAAGCAGGAGGUGGCGUGGGCGACCCAUUUGGGCCUGCACGCUGUAAUGCUGCCCGCACCCCGCUUCCACUCGACCAACUACUCGCACGUCAUCAACCACGUCGCAAGCAACCUCUCGUACAUGCAGGCCUGGGUCAAGAUUCCACUUGUUGCGCCAGAGUCAGAGCAAGAAGCACGAGAGACCGAUCCUUGGGAGUGGUGGAACAACCUCCGCCUCUUGGCUGAGCACAACUCCAACAUGGGCGUAGCCCUGGAGCUGACUGCGGACUUGCCCGGCGAGAAGGCGCUGAAGAGGUGGCUCGGCGAGCCCGUCAAGGCCGUCAUUCUGCCCACGAGCAUCUUCCUGACGAACAAGUUGGGUUACCCCACGCUUUCCAAGAAGCACCAGGCCUUCCUCUGCCGUUUGUUCAGGUAUCGUCUGCAAUUCAUCGUGACCGGAUCGCCGCACCACAAGGACGGACUCUCGGCUUACCAGCAGUACAUCCGCUUCCUGCACCGCAAGCAGUCGCCCCUCACCGACCAGGAGCACUUCGAGGCGCCCUACUGGGACUACCUCCAGGCUCCGCUCCAGCCCCUGAUGGACAACCUGGAGUCACAGACGUAUGAGACCUUCGAGAGGGAUCCCGUCAAGUACCGCGAAUAUGAGCGGGCCUGCUUUGAAGCUUUGAAGAAGAGGGGCAAAGAUGAGGAGACCGUCCUCAUGGUGGUUGGCGCCGGCCGAGGCCCUCUGGUUGCCGGGGCUCUCCGCGCCGCUAAACAGGCCGAGCGAAAGCUGAAGGUGUACGCCGUCGACAAGAACCCCAACGCUGUCAUCACCCUUCGCAACCGCAAGGUCGCCGAGGGCUGGGACAAUGUGACCGUGGUCGACACCGACAUGAGGGUGUGGAACGCCCCAGAGAAGGCCGAUAUCCUCGUCAGCGAGCUCCUUGGUUCCUUCGGUGACAACGAGCUGUCGCCCGAGUGUCUGGAUGGCGCCCAGAAGUUCCUCAAGGAAAUCGGUGGCAUCAGUAUUCCGAGCGCGUACACGUCCUAUUUGGCUCCGCUCAGUUCGUCCAAGCUCUACAAUGAAGUGAAGGCGUACAACGACCGGAAGCACUUUGAGACGGCCUAUGUCGUCAAGUUCCACAACACCGACCAGUUGGCUGAGGCCAAGCCUUGCUUCACCUUCACGCAUCCCAACAGGGCUGCGCUGAUCGACAACAGCCGCUACACCAAGCUCUCGUGGGUCAUCGAAGAGGCCUCUACCCUGCACGGUUUUGGCGGUUACUUUGAUGCCACGCUGUUCGAAGAAGGUCGGUCCUACUGGAUUGGCCUCCAGACCUAA